AUGGGGUCUCAAAUAAAAAUUCCUGUUUUAGAUUUCACUGAGAAAAACUUGAAGCCCGGUUCAGAUUCUUGGGUGUUGGCCUGUGAAAAAAUUCGAUAUGGAUUGGAAGAGUAUGGAUGUUUCGAAAUGGUUUAUGAUAAUGAUGAUAAAGUUCCACUGCAACUUUACAACUCCAUUUUUUCUGCAGCUCAAGACUUAUUUGAUCUUCCAAUUGAAACUAAGAAGAAAAAAGUCAGUGACAGGCCAGGGUGUGGCUAUAUUGGUCAAAUUCCCAUUAUUCCUCUGUACGAAUCUAUGGAAGUUGAUAAUCCCACAACUUUUCAAAAUGUUGAAUAUUUUACCAACACCAUGUGGCCUCAAGGGAAUGAAAUUUUCCGUGAAAGUGUUCUUUCCUUCUCAAAGCCGGUGGUAGAGUUAUAUGAGAUGGCAACAAGAAUGGUUUUUGAUAGCUUUGGCAUUGGGAGAUACCAUAGGUCUCACAUGGAGUCAACCUCUUAUGGUCUCAGAUUCUUCAAAUUCAGAACACGUCAGACAAACGACACUGAAGUGGGAGUUCCAAUUCACACAGACAAGACAUUCAUAACCCUGCUUAAGCAAAACCAAGUCGAUGGUUUACAGAUAAGAACCAAGGACAAUCAUGAUCACUAUGUUGAUGUAAAACCCAAUUUUUCAUCAAUUAUGUUCAUUGCAGGAGACGCAUUAAUGGCUUGGAGUAAUGGGAAGAUACGUGCAUGUGAGCAUAGAGUGAUGGUGAAAGAGGAGGAGAAAGCAGCAAGGUACUCCAUAGGAUUAUUCUCGUUUGUGAAUGGAGUGAUGCAUAUUCCAGAAGAGCUAGUGGACGAUGAGUGGCCCUUACAAUAUAAACCAUUUGAUCACUUUCAUUUUCUUCGUUUUUAUUUUAUGGAAGGUGGCACUGCCUCUGCAUGUCCCAUUAAAGACUACUGUGCCGUCUGA